CAGCAACACAUUCUAUAGUGCAAGGUUGCAGUGCAGUGCACUCCCUCUAAUCUGUGCUGUGAUUCACCGCCCUGAAGGAUUUUAUUAGUCAUGUCCAUCUUGUUGCCAUUUUUAAGCUAGUCCGACUCCAACUCCAUGAACACUGUACUGUAGAUGGCUCUGACCUCAUCAAGGUUGAACCUAGUAUAUUUUUAAGAAUACAAUUCCAAUAUUUUAAUGUUCAUCCCACUGAAAAGGUUAAACCUAUCACAAUCAAUGCAGCAUUUAACUUUAACUUUCAGCUCCUGAUUGUUAAGAUAUCUAGAAAUAUCAAGCAGUUCUUAUCAUCCCUGUUGUUCUCUGCUUUAGAUGAGACCUUAAUGUCCAUAAUUCAGUAAUCAAAUUCAUUCAAUUGAAUUGGCGUUUCCCUUUUGAGAUGAAAUACGUCAGCAAGUUUCAUUAGAACGGAUUAUAAAAGCAAUACAUAAGACACGCUAAUCAUUUUCAUCAGUUUUUCAUUAAGUGGUGGUAAUCUUCUGCAGCCCCAAUUAGAGCGGGCUCCAAGUACAUCACCUAGCCUGUGGAUUGUGUGUGCUGUGCUGUAAGUGCAGUUAGCCUUAAACACAUCGGAAAGCUCACUAAUACAGAAAAUCCAUCACGAAAACAUGAAUAGAAUCUCCCCGUCCGCUGACGGGGAGAUUCCAUGAAUGAGCGGGAUGGUUUCAUGCACGCAAAUAGAGAUUAGACACACGGACGCACCCCUCCCCCCACUCAUGUCCAGAAAAAUCUGAAUGAGGCAGUGGGAGCUGGAGAGGAAACGGCAUCCCCCGCCCCCAUCCAUUUUUCCUCUGUGUAUACCUCUUCUCCGACUGGAGCCCGGUGCUUGUGUGAUUUCAUGAUUAGACCGCCCACACAACAUGCACGUGCUCUUCCAUCUCAGCUUCUGAAGUUCCUGUCCUCCUGACGGUGUAUUUAAACUGGAGACGUUACGUUUAGUCGAACCUUCAACGUAAACAAAGAUAUUGCAGGCACCUAAAACACAGACGCUAAAGCCUAGUUCAGCCAAUCUCUCUCCCUCUCUGGGAAGUAUGCAAAAGUGUGGCUGGCCCACCGACCUCCAAAAGGAGACAAAAACAUUCCCUUAUCAUGCAGCUGCCUAGAGUGCCUGAAUCUAUGGAGGCACAAAGUUGGACUACUCCUCUGCCUGGAAAGCGUAUGUGGUUAUGUCGGACAUUGGCUUGAAUGAGACCUGGAGUACGACAUUACAUUACUUACAUUGCAUGAGUUCAUAAGCUGGAAAUUCCACCACAACAUGAACAGCACAUUGCCCACCUUGCCUCCCGUCACUUACACUUCCUGCUGUUAACAGUCAGCACCACUAAAUGGUACUAAAUGAAAGCAAAGAAACUCUGACUUCCGGUCACUUAUUGUCAAAAACAAAACUUCUGUUAUUAUCCUAUAAUAUUUGACAUCAGCUUAAAAACAUGGUUAAUCAAUACAUAAAAAGUUACCCAAUUUAGAAAGAUUAACUGCACUACGUUACAGUUUUUGUAUUCAGCUUGGGCUUAUUUUCACACAUCAACAUAUCGUUUUCAUUAUGCAAAGGCAGUCUGCCUGGAGUGCAUUUAUUUACUGAAAUAUUUAGUUAUCUAUUUAGUGGUACAUGAUGUACUGUUUUUAAUUUUGGCUCCAUGAAUGAACCCCCCCCCCCUCUCCCCUCCAUCCAUUCACAGCUUUUCCUUCAUAUCUUCUUCAAACUUGGUGCACAUGGUGUGUCUCACACUGUCAGCCUCUGGCACGCUCAGCCCAGCCUACUUUGUUCAUCUCCCCACCAAUGAGGGCCUUUCGUCUCUCCCAACCUCUACUGCAGCAGGUGCCUGAUUGGCUGCUAUUCUUAGGCAUUUUUGGAAGGAGGCGGGGAUUAGCGUACCUCGUUCUCCCUCUGUUUACACACAUACUGGAGCAGGCUGAGUGAAUGAGGGAGAGUCAGGGGGAGCGAGGGAGUGUGGCUUCUCUGCCUUGCAUCCUCGCAUCCCACAGCCUUCCCUCAGCUAGGCUUCCACUCUCUUGUUCUUCCAUGGACCUCUGCACAGUUCUUCAUUUCCAUCUGCUCAGCUCGUACUGAUCCCAGCUUCCACAGCACUAACCGGUGGACUGUCUGCUCGCUUUGGAUUUGGCGCAGGCGUGCAAGCUGUGUAGGAGCAAAAAGUAUCCCUGCUGUCUGUCGAACAGGCAGUGCCAGUGUGGAGGACGACCAGAAAGCUCGACUCUCGCUCAGUUUUAUUUUUGCUCCUAUGCUUGACUUUGCGCUGAAAUGCCAGAAGGGAAGUUUCUUUUCUGUGUCGUGGAUGCUCAUUCAGUUCAAGAGGAUGCUGAACCGAGAGCUCACCCAGCUGUCAGAAACCAGCCGUUCAGGGAACCAGGUGUCUGAGUUCAUCUCCAGCACCUUCCUUGAGAAACAACAUGACAUGGACAUCAUGUCUCCCCCCACCAAGGAGAAGGACAAGAAGAAGCGGCCCAUGUCCCAGAUCAGCGGUGUGAAGAAGGCCACCCACAGCCCCAGCCUCGCCCCCUCCACCAUCCCUCGCUUUGGGGUCAACGCCAGCCAGGAAGGACUCCUAGCCAAGGAGUUGGAGGACAUAAACAGAUGGGGUAUUGACAUCUUCAAGGUCUCUGAGUAUUCUGGGAAACGCCCACUGACGGUCACCAUGUACACCGUCUUCCAGGAACGUGACCUGCUCAAGUCCUUCAAGAUUCCUGCGGACACUUUCAUUACCUUCAUGAUGACUUUGGAGGAUCAUUACCAUGCCGAUGUGGCCUACCACAACAACAUCCAUGCUGCAGACGUGGUCCAGUCCACGCAUGUCUUACUGUCCACACCGGCUCUGGAGGCUGUGUUUACUGAUCUGGAGAUCCUCGCCGCUCUGUUUGCAAGCGCCAUCCACGAUGUGGAUCACCCUGGAGUUUCCAAUCAGUUUCUCAUCAACACCAACUCAGAGCUGGCCCUGAUGUACAAUGACUCGUCGGUGCUGGAGAAUCACCACCUGGCCGUUGGCUUCAAGCUUCUGCAGGAAGAGAACUGUGACAUGUUUCAGAACCUCAGCAAAAAGCAGAGACAGUCGCUGCGCAAGAUGGUCAUUGAUAUGGUGCUGGCCACAGAUAUGUAUAAACACAUGAACCUACUGGCAGACCUGAAAACCAUGGUGGAGACCAAGAAAGUCACCAGUCUAGGAGUCCUACUGCUGGACAACUACUCAGACCGCAUACAGGUCCUUCAGAACAUGGUGCACUGUGCCGACCUGAGCAACCCCACCAAGCCUCUGGAGCUGUACCGGCAGUGGACAGACCGCAUCAUGGUGGAGUUUUUCACCCAGGGGGACAGGGAGAGGGACAAAGGCAUGGAGGUCAGCCCCAUGUGUGACAAACACAAUGCCUCAAUAGAGAAGAACCAGGUGGGUUUCAUUGACUACAUCGUUCAUCCUCUGUGGGAGACGUGGGCCGACCUUGUCCACCCAGAUGCUCAGGAGAUCCUGGACACGCUGGAGGAUAACAGAGAGUGGUACCAGAGCAUGAUCCCCCACAGCCCCUCACCCCACCCAGAGGGCCCAGGGGAGGGAGCCCCUGCCGGGGAAGCCUCGGCGCUCGGUGGGGCCGGCGGCUCCAUUUCGGCCGACAAGUUCCAGUUUGAGCUGACCUUGGAAGAAGAGGGAGAGUCUGAUACAGAGAGUCCGCCUGAGGAAGAGGAGGGCCACAGCGGCAGUAGGGGGCCUGAACUCUCCAAAACGGAUUCUGGCAGCGGAUUCAAUGCGGUAUCUGCUGCGACUCGUCGGCUCACUAAAAAGCUAACUAGUGAUUCAGUCAGGACGUUUUCUUUAGACUCUGAUAAAGAUAUGGCAGAAGAGAGAGAGACAGAAGAGGAAGGCGUCUCUGAGGUACCGCGCUUCAGACUUGGCACAUAGCACCAGUCAGAAGUUAUAUUGCUUUUGGCCUUUUUUUGUUUGUUUAUUCUUCUUGAUUUCGGUGCCUCUUCUGUCACUCCUCUUCUCCCACUCCAACCAAAACACCACCAACUCUGGUUUCUGCGGACAGGGUGACAGCAAGCCUCGGGGUAGGGACUACGGGAGUGCGUUGGGGGGGGGGGUCAGCAGUCACUUGCACUGGAGAGAGACAGAUAGAGUCACUGUUCUAAUAGAGGACAGGAAACCAAGUUUCUGAGCGGUCCUUUGAGUUCCGUGACUUUCAGUCAGUCAUACUGUGGAUAAAGUUCUACAGAGACAAUAAGAAGUUAAAAAGAAACUUCCCUUUUACCAGCCUACCCAAGGUCUACCACAACAAAUGACAGAACUGUCUUCCUCUUUUGUGAAGAAAGCGAUGAAGUGAUGAAGGAGCGGGAAAACAACGACGUCUUGAAAGACAUCUUGCCAAACUUGCAAUUUACAGGGACAAUGCUGUGUUGCCUGCCUUUUUUCAUUUUUAUUUUGUUUGUUCUGUUGUCUUUUAUUUAGGUCCAUAUGCAGUGAAAUGCGGUAAAUGAAGAUACAGUAAAUAGCAAAGCAGUGUAAGCUAAGUUAUGGCAGAAAGAAGCUAUGCAUGAUUUUGUGCAGGAAACUGUAAAUGCAGCAGACAUUUAAAGUAAAGUAAACAUUUUGUAUAAGUAGCACUCCUUUCAGCCCAUUUAAUUUUGUUCAGCAAGCAGUAGUUUUGGAAGAAUAUGAUUAUAGUGAAGUGGCUGGCAGUACAUAUAAUUUUUUUUAGGCUUACUAUUUCCAUUUUUAUAAUCCUAAACUGUCUGAUAUUGUAAAACUGAGCCAGAUUCAGUGUAGUGUUAUACAGUCAAGGAAUUACAUCCAAAGCAAUGUGGGCUGUGCACAUGGUGCCUCCCAGUGUUGACAAGUGGAACUGAAGUUCUGGCAUUGGAGGCCAAUGAUUUGCAAGGUUUUGCAUAGGCGUAUUAUUAUGGAAAAUACAUUCAAAACAUAUUUAACUGUAGGACUACCCAAAUAUCAGUUGUGUUUCAGUUUUUUGCUCUUUUGAUUCAUUUUUGUUGGAUUUUUCUUUUUAAAUAUAUGUCACUAAUUUUUGCAUUCUUAAUAUUUGGCACCCAUUUUUAUCAGUCUGCCUUCAAGUUUAGCACUUUAUGAAAAUCGUAUGAACACAUUGGAGGCUGAUGACCGUUUGUCAAUGACUGUCUAGCAACCAGCAAAAACUAAACUCUACAGUACAGCUACGAAUGCAUUUAGCUGUCCAUUUAAAUCCAUUACCACAUAACUUGUUACACACACACACACAGCGUUCACCUACUGAAAUACUGUUUUUUGGUACCAUCCACUUGCGUAAAUUACUAGACUGAUAAGGGCAGCGUGUUAGAAGCACAAGGGGUUGCAAAGAAGGAUGUUAGCGUCUUUUUAACUGUAAAAUUCAGGAGACAGUUUCCUAUGCCAGAAUUUUUUUUUUUUCCCCUCCAUCUUUUUUUCUCUCGUUGAUCAAUAUUACGCUCUUCACAGGGACAUAGUCAAUGACAAAACAAGUGCCAAGCAAGCAUGACACAACCCGUACUGUAAUUUCCAUUUUGCCACUGGCUACUUUCCAUCAGUGACUGAUAAAGUUGGUUGAUUGUAGCACCCUGUGUGCCAAUCUGACCCUAGUGUCUCUGUUCUUUUUUUUUUUUCUUUUUUUUACUCCUGUUCAAACAGUAACUGAAGCUGAUACUGUCUUAGAACAGUGAUGUGUUUUUGUGUGUGUGUGUGUGUGUGUGUGUGUGUGUGUGUGUGUGUGUGUGUGUGUGUGUGUGUGUGUGUGUGUGAGUGAAUGAAUGACUUGGUUGACCUUUUUGAUGUAUUUGCUGAGAAAAAAAAAAAACCAAAGCACUUUGUAUGGUACUUUUUACAGUUCUGCACUUCCAGUACAGUUGAACAUGUAUAACAUGACUUUUUCACUGUUUUUCUGUCGGUAAAUGGUGUGGUGGUUGAGUUGAAUUGCACGGGCUGCACCAUGUUGGAGGGACUGAAAUUGUUUUAUUUGCUCUUUUUAUAAUUGACUGUACAAAAAAAAGUGUUUUGUUGAAAUUCAUGACAUUGGCUGCAGGGUGUGAAGAAGAGUAUAGAGAACUUAGCCUGUGGAGGAACCCGUUUUUAUUUUAUUACCACGAAACGUCACGUUUCACUGGGUUAACGAGCUGAAAGGUUUCUCUUUGACGCCUUAUUUUCAAACUUGGAAUUUUCUUUCUGGUCAUAGACGUGUUCACUGACAUGCUGGGGUAAAACAUGUGCAAUCCUUUCUGUAGCUAUAUAAACAGCACCAAACAGACCAACACUCAAGGAUGCCUUCAACACUAAGGACUGUUUAACAACGGCUUACGCAGCACAACAUGCAAAGAUUCCGUCUGUCUCUCUGCGUGUCACUAAUUGUUUGAUUUUGUACAUUUUCCUCACAGUGCUUCAUGUACAGUUUUAUUUAUUACUUCUUUACUACUGUCAGAAACGAUGGAACCGUAGACUUUUUUUUAGUUUUUUUUAGUCUGGGGUGUUAGUAUUUACAGUAUGUGUAGCUUGAUGUGUGAGAAAGUCACACAGGACAGAUUUCCACUAUUAACUCAGCUUUUUUUCCUUCUCGUUUCAUUUCUUUAUGUCUGCAAAUAACAUUAUACAUAAGCAAAACUACUCAUGUUUUUUCUUGGUAUGAAAAUAGUUUAGUGACAGAUUUCCGUCUGAGUUUUCGGAAACGUCUCUCAUCUCCUGUCUUCCUCUGUUUCCGCUGAUUGGGGUCGGAUCACGUGUUCAUGAAGGAUCUUACAGUAAGAGCGCUGAUCUGAGACCUUUUUGGAUUCAUAGUGAAGAUUAUAUAGUCACACGGCCUCAAGUCAUCCUAGCUCAGUAUUUCUGUUUUUAGAGACUUUAUGGGUCAUGAACAAAGACUGCAGCUUUGACAAUCGAAACUCUGCUGUUUAACUGCGGGUGUGUUAGCCCUCACUCCAACUAGAACUGUAUGCCUUGCCAAUAAAGGAAAAGCUCUUCACUCUUU